CGCAAUCAAUGGUACCUUCGGCGGAGACCAAUCGCCGAGCUCGUCUCACCGGGGAUGCGGGGCAGUGCAUAGAAACGGACAACAAACAUGGCGGAAGAGCACGGUGAUACACUUGCAGAACCAAACCUGGAAGGACAGAUGCAGAUAUCAGAAAAUCCUCAUGCGGAAUAUGGUCUCACUGAGAACGUACAGAGGAUAGUUGAGAAUGAAAAACUGAAUGCGGAGAAAACAUCUAAACAGAAAGUGGAUCUGCAGUCCCUCCCAACUCGAGCGUAUCUGGAUCAAACGGUGGUACCCAUUCUUUUGCAAGGCCUUUCAGUUCUGGCAAAAGAAAGACCUCCCAAUCCUAUUGAAUUCUUGGCAGCUUACCUUCUGAAGAACAAGUCACAAUUUGAAGAGAGAAAUUAGCUUGGACAGAACUACACAGAAUUGAAGAUUUCACCAGUCCCCCACAAUUGAGAAGGAAGAGGUUGACUCUUAGAAUAUCAUGGUUUGUAUGGUAAAGGAAAAAAGAGCAAAUGCAGAAGACCAGAAUAUGCAUGAAGUGGCCCAUUAUCUUAUAUUAAGUAUGGUAACUGCACAGAUAUUCACCAUUUUCUGUUAUUUAUGUAAACAUUAUGAUUUUAAAUAAACCAGUUGUGUUUUUA